AUGCAAACUACUUCGGAAAGUAGCAUCGAAGUGAAAUUCCGCUCUUUACACAGUAACUUUGAAAAGGACUUAACUUUUCUCACGGUUCCUAGAAUCACGGAUAUGACACCCGAUGAGCCGUUUCCUCGCGAGUUAGUCGAAAUUCCUGCCAACCUACGGUUAUCUGAUCCGCAGUUCCACACGCCUCGACCAGUCGACAUGCUCGUAGGUUCAGGAGCAACUUUAUCCCUGCUCUCAGUCGGGCAAAUCAAUCUCUCCCGGAACGGCUGCGACUUGUAUUUACAAAAGAUGCAGCUGGGAUGGGUGGAAGUAGGCGGCAUUAAUGACGCGAAUAACUUCACAGCGGCGUGUAAUUUAACUGAAUUGCGCAAUCUGAUGGAAUGGUUUUGGGCUAUAGAUGACAUUUCCAACGGACCGAACGAAGCGACGGCCGCCGAGGCUUGCGAAUCGCAUUACAAGAAAACUACGAUCCAAAAUGCGGACGGGCGAUACGUAGUGCGAUUAUUUUUCCACAACGGCUAG